AUGGUUGAAUUUGAAGGCUGGACUUCGUGGCUCGAAGGUGGGUUUUUGCUGUGGAAACCUGAGGAUCCUGGCUAUGAGAGACCUGCGUACAGGGAUUGGACCGAGGAUGAUGAGCCACCUAAGUACUCACCAGAGCAAGAACUUGCCUUACUGAACAAACAAAUCAGAGCGAGCGAUGGGUUUGAUAUCGACUUCACACACUUCCGAUGUGUCUUCAACUACCACCUUGCUGAUCUCGACUCACAUGAAUUCGUCGAGGAGCCAGAAACCACUAGGGAUUUACUCGAGAUGCUCUCUCAGACUUCGCUUGAUGACUACAAUCGUGAUAAUAGAACAAGAUUUGAGUUUGUCAAGGUUAUGAAAGCCAACUUUCACUGCUGUUGUGCGUGUAUGUUUCUCAUAACAUUUGAAGUUGUUGAUCCUUAUGAUCACUUGAUAAAAAUCUUCCAAGCAAGGGUUCGUCAUGCUAGAGAUAUAUUGACCGAGUACAUCUUCUGCAGGCCUAAACCCAAUCAAGGAGGUAUGUAA